CCUUCUUAUACUUUUCCAGUCGCUCAAUGCUCAACAUGUUCACAUGGCCUGCAAGUUCUCAAUCGGCGUUUAAUCCACGAUCUAUAUAAUUCUAGUUUAUAAGCGCACACGUUCAUCCUCGGCAGUAGUGAUCGACUACCCAUCACAUAUCAACACUCGGGCGUCUUCUUCGCCUCCGACGCCAUGGAGCAAAAUAUGAUGAAACAGCGAUCAGCCGACAUGGUGCAUUGUGUGGCGUUCUAUUUUACAGCAUCGAUUCCGCCUCAAGAGUCAACAACUUAUAUUACCUAUGUUUUAUCGACCUCGUCACCGGCGCAAUGUGCCGUGUUCACCAGAAUUCAAGCAUCGAUACGCUCGCUUGCCCAUCUUCAUCAUUUCCAGAUUCGUAAGGCAUCAUUCAACAAGCUCAUUUGUGACAUUUCAUCCAGCCAUUCUCAACCAGCACUCUUGGGAAUUCCUUCUCAGAACAUCCUCAAUGUAACAGAAAGGCGUGCCCGACUGUCUAUGUUCAUUUCUGCAUGGUGUAGCAAGGAGAAGUUGGAGCUUUUCCCCUUCUUUCGCGGGCUGUAUGGUGUCUUAUAUAUCCAAAGUCAGAGCUCCAGGAUGGGGGUAGAUAAUGGAGAACAUCGAGUUGUGUGGGAAUUCGAUGAUGCAGUAUUUCUGGAGUCAGGUGGUACUGAUUUCAUGUGUGAUGCCAUUCUCAUCCUCAAGAAUGUUCUGAAUUUUGAAAUUCACACAAUCUACAACAGCAUUGAAGAUCAAGAUAUCUACACACCUAUCUUUGUCCAGUGGUUGCCUCGAAUUACUCACCCAUCACAACCCUCAGCAUCCUUUUCACAUCCACCUGACAUGUCUAAUAGAAAAGGAGCACCUUUGCCUUCCCUGAGUGGCUUGUGCAAUCAUUCCUCACCUUCAGUGGAUAACCAGUUUUUGUCUGAAGAUUUCCUUGCCCCUGAAGUGAUUAAAUCAAAUUGUCAACAUGUAUUCAUUGUCACUGCUGGUAUAUAUACUGUAAAUGAUGGAGAACUUGCAAUGCUGGAAGACAACCUCAAUAAACCACAUUACUGGAGAUGGGAAUUCCCUUCUGAUAUUGACAAUCAGGAGAUACUAGACCUUAUGUCUUUGUUCCCCAGGGUUAUCUCUCAAAAGCCAAAGCCUCACUUUGUUCAGCUAGAUCUGGAAGCAAUUGUUGAUCAACAAUAUCUUGGGCAUCCACCAAGCAUCAGCUGCCAUGCAACCUCACAAGGCAUAUCUAUCUUUGGAACAGGGAGAAUAUGGGUUGGAUUGAACAAAAGAAAUGCAGGAUGGAAGGGAUCUUGGUGGUUUAGGUUCAAACUCUGGUGGUACUGCUUGUUUGGGUGGAUCUAGUAACUGGCAGUCACCCUCUUUUAUUUACCUAUCCCUAUGCCUUUCAUCCACAAGCAUUGUUGCUGCAGUGAAGAAGACACAAACAGAUGACUGUCACUUGGAUAUAUGCAAAUGAUGGAAGUUGAGAUAGUCAAUCAGCAGGACCAUAAGUCAAUAUCAAUAACCAACAACUUUCUCCUUCAAAACACCACCACACCAUCCAUUGGUCAUUCAUUGUUCUUUGGGAUCUAAGCACAUUAAUACAGUUUAAGGGUAAAGGAGCUGCUAUGAACUGUUCCAAUUGGUGGUGUUGUAAAUCACAUCAGAGUAGAAAAAAAAAGCAAUGCUGUUUCUUGGGUUUAUCAAAACAAGAGGAAGAAAGGAUCUGGAGAUAGGUACUCAAGCAUCCAUACAAAUCCUUAGGUCAUGUGAUCUGUCAUGAGCCUGCACAAAGAAGAAGAGAUAAGAGAUCAUAGGAGGGAGUUACGUAAUAGGAAGGCAAGAUCCGAUUCAGAUAAGAAGGUCCAGCUGGACCUCCAGUUGGACCUCCGAGAAAAGAACUGGACCUCCAGCUGGACCUCCAGCUGGACCUCGAGCUGGACCUCGAAGGAUAUAAAUAGAUUUCUGUAGAAGUAUAUAAAGGGGAGC